CAUGGCAGCUGCCAGAGGGAAGCUGCUCAGAUCCGACAGUUAAAGAUAUUUAGCAAAAAAAAAUCUGAGUUAACUGAGCUGACAGAUGUUGUGUUUGACUGUCACAGCCAUGACGGACUAAACAGCCGGCAGCGGGUGAAACUUGUGAUCUGAUCUGGAUGGAACCGACGGGUCUACGAGACGUUUUCAAAUGUAUAACACUAUCCAUUGCAGCAAUGGAGGAUAUUGGUCUCCUUCCCAAACCCACAAAUGACCCCCCUGUUCACAGACCCACAGUCACUGAGACUUUUGGGCUGCACCACAUCCCACCAGACCAUCUGCACAUCACUGAUGCAAGCAGGAAAUCUGACAUGCAAAAAGAUGGACCGUCCAAAAAAAGGUCCCACUCGGUAAUGACAGCAGAGCCACAGAUUCCCCAGUUUCCUUCACAGAACGCAGGUCCUCUGAGUGCUGGCGCCGCACUCUUUAAUACAGCUGCCAAAAAUGGAAACACUAAAUUGGAUAAGACAGGUGCUGGCAGAAUAAAAGCCAAAGUCACAGAUCCAUCAAAGUGGAAGCAAAACAAGCAGAAACAGCUGAGGAUGGAGGGUAAAGCAUACACAAGCAAACGCAAAAAAGACGGCAAGAUUGUGACAAAACAGCCAAGAGCAAUGGGACCAAGGUGCUCCUCGAACGCAUGCCAAAAGGCAUCGAACCGGCUCUGUAGUGAAAUCAACGAAGAGGCCAGGCAGAAAGUGUUUAAUGAAUUCUGGUGCGACAUGAACUGGACUCAGAGAAAACAGUAUGUAGCAGGACAAGUUGACCGCGACCCCGUGGAAAGAUCCCGGGCAGCGGGAUCACAGUCGAGAAGAUCAAUUUCACUCCGUUAUCACUUGAUGGUGGAUGGAAAAAGGAAACAGGUGUGUAAAAACAUGUUCCUGUCCACUCUGGGGAUAGGAGAGUGGUCUGUGCUCAACUGGGCACAGAAAGGAGCAACAAGAAAAAAUGAAUCAAAUGAAAACAACUUACAAAAGAGGCGAGCUGUCUCUCAGUGCCCACAGCAGAACCCUGCUUCUUCUGCAGUCAGUAAUACUGUGGAAGUUACCCAGGAACAAAUUAAUUCCACGGACAAAGACAAAAACAGGCCUCCAGAACCAGAGGGGCCGGCCAGAAAGAAAUCCAAAGUUGCCAAGCCACUAACAUGGAAGCAAAAUCGACAAAAGCAACUUAGGAUGGAGGGCAAACCGUACGUCAGCAAACGAAAGAAAGACGGCACGACCAUAACUAAAGCUCAGAGGACAAUGGGACCGGGUUGCAUGUCAAGUGCUUGCAAAAGGGCAUCCAACCGUUUCUGUGCUGACAUCAGUGAAGAAACAAGGAACGAGCUGUUUACUAGAUUCUGGCAGUGUAUGAACUGGCCUCAGAGGAAGACCUAUGUGGCCGGAUUAGUCGACUGUGACCCGGUGGAAAGAACCAGAGCCCCAUGGACUCAGUCGAGAAGAUCGGUCUCGAUGCGGUAUCAUUUGAUAGCCAAUGGUGACAGAAAACAAGUUUGCAAAAGGAUGUUCCUCUCCACUUUGGGGAUUGGAGAGUGGUCAGUGCUUAACUGGGCACAAAAUCCAUCAGAGCAGGACAAUUCAGAAGCAAACGCCAAGAAGCAAACGCAGAGGAAGUCCCGUAAAGCUUCAGAGCAUAUAGUGCUGAGAGAGUUCCUCGAGAGGCUACCCAAAGUACCCUCAUACUUCUGCGGGACGUCCAUCUCUAAGCUGUAUCUGGAGCCAGUCUUCUCAAACAUGUCCGAGGUGUACAGGCACUACUACAACCACUGCUUAGAGAAGAAGACAACACCGCUCUCUAGGCAGGUUUUCUGCGCUGUAUUUAAAAAGAUGGAUUUGGGAUUGUGUGACCCCAAAAAGGAUCAAGGGUGUUCUUACGGUGCUACUGGGAAUUUGUUUAAUGAGCUUUGGGAUGAAUACUGCAUGGAAAGAGGAGCUCCAGGGCCACAACCAGAGAAAACGGGGAACCAGUAGAGAGGGAUUAAGGACAAAAAGGUUCUCUAUUGGAGUUAAUUGCUAUGUUAACAUCAGCUGUGUAUUACUCCAUUACUUACAACGUGAUGAUAUAGAUGUUUUCCAGGACUUUGUCGAAAUGGCUGGACUUUAUAGUCUCACGUUUCAUUCAGUCCUGUUAAGCAUACACUGUGCUUGCUGCUUCCAGGCUCAUGCUAUCUGAAGCAAUUCAGUUGUCUGUAUGCAGCUGAACAAUUGUUUUCCUUAAGUGGCAUUACUUAAACAUAUAUGUUUUGUUUUUGUAAUGGAGAAGGUUUUUUUGUUCCUUAAAAUGUAAGGUCUUUUGAGAUAAUUUGUCAACCAUCAGUUGACAACUAAGACUAAAACACAAAUGUCUAAUACUAUGUGUAAAAAAAAUAAACUACAACAUAUUCAUGUGUU